AUGGCAAAUGGAGCGCCAAUUGGGGAUCGUUUGGCAUCACUCUCAAUUGGACCAAAAGGACCAAUGCUGAUGCAGGAUAUUGUCUAUCUUGAUGAAAUGGCAAAAUUUGAUCGUGAGAGAGUGCCCGAACGUGUUGUUCAUGCCAAAGGAGGAGGCGCACAUGGAUUCUUUGAAGUCACGAGCGACGAAAUCACAAAGUACUGUAAAGCGGAUCUGUUUAGUGAAGUUGGAAAGAAAACACCGAUGUUCAUUCGUUUCUCCACCAUCGCUGGUGAAUCUGGAAGCGCAGAUACGGCUCGAGAUCCUCGUGGAUUCGCCAUGAAAUUCUACACGGAAGAAGGAAACUGGGAUCUUGUGUGCAACAAUACACCUGUUUUUUUCAUCCGCGAUGCUGCACUUUUCCCUCAUUUCAUUCACACCCAGAAACGUAAUCCUGUUACAAUGCUCAGGGACAUCAAUAUGGCGUUCGAUUUUUACACGAGUCGGCCAGAGUCAACACACCAGGUGAUGAUACUUUACAGCGACCGAGGGACGCCUGACGGCUGGCGAUUCAUGCAUGGCUAUGGAGGCCAUACCUUCAAACUGGUCAAUAAGAACGGAGAAGCAGUAUACUGUAAAUUUCACGCACUGGUCAGUUCGUGA